GUUCUGGCAGCUCUGGACCAAGUGGCAGUCAUGGAAACAUCCUCAGGCCAUUCAUCUUCCUCUUCAAAGAAACGUCGCCACGUGUCUCGAAGCCGAUCAAGGUCACGUAGUGGUUCCAGCAAUUUGUGUCGUCGGCGACAGAGGUCCCGUUAUUCUCGCUCACGUUCUCGUCACUCCAGAUCCAGGUCUCGCACCCGUCGUUCACGCCGAACUAGGUCGUGUAGUAGAUCUCGUUCAAGAUCAAGAUCUCGAGAAAGACAUGGUGUCAGCUGGAGGAGGCACACAGGAGGAUCUCAUAGAAGGUCGUAUAGUCGUUCUAGAUCUAAUUCAAGGUCAAAAAGUGUAAAUAAGAAGAGUCCCUCUCCUAAAGGCAAUAACAGUACCACUGUUGCACCAGCAUCUCGUAUUGGUCUGCGGGUGUCUCCAGACCCCCCUGUGAAAUUGCCUUCACCGCCAUGCCGUCGUUAUUAUGGACGACGGGGUGCAGAGAGCCAUUCAGAAACUGCCUCUGAAUCAGAGACAGAAGACUCUAAAGCUUCAAGUACAAAUGCAGCACAACAGCAAAAUAGUGGUGGUGGUGGCAAACAAAUCUAA